GACGCGCCACACGCAACCCAACCGCUCUCGCGCGCCGACCGCUUUCUUCGUUGUGCAUGCACAACACCCGCUACUCAAACUAUGGCCGCGCCACCUAAUCGCGACACGUCGCAACCGCUCCGGCGCAAGAGGGCGAUGGAAGACCUGAAGCCCCUCGACAAGUCCACCUUGCCCACGCCGGAUGCGCCGACGCCAUUUCCAUCCUCUCCAUCCUGCGACCAUGUUUCCCCUUCCCACCAGCCCGCAGCAACGCACGAGGAAUCACCGAUCUCUACCCUCGAAGAGACCGACCCUAUCAAACGCCGCGAAUCUGCCCUCGAGGAGGCCUUGUUCCCGGUCGAGUGUCUCAGUGCAGCACAUAUUGGGAUUGAAGACAAGGAGGGGAUCAAGCACAGGUUCAUCGACGGCCAUAUACCCACGCUCCGACUGAAGAUGAAAAAAUUCCUGAAGGUCGUCGACGGCAAUGUACCUCCUGUGGAAAAUAUCAGAUUGGAUUAUAUGAAGAAGGCUUUCCGCUUUCCAUAUUAUCAGCUGAGAAAUGUCAGCAGCGGGCUCACAACCUCAAGCGAGGAGUUGGUCAACCGUUUCCGGGAUGCCGCCGAGGACGCCAAUGAGAUUGGCCACCUCAUCAUCCGCAUCAUCAUACCGACCCACGAAGCUCAAGUGACACGCUCAGGUGUGUGGGUCAUUCUGGCAACCCUCGCGUAUGGUAGUAUCUCGUUCAAGGACAUACCGGCCCACCUGGAACCGCUCAGGCAAGUUCGUCACAACUCGUGCGUGACUCCAUCGGACCGGCCGACUCUUCAGCGUGCCUCCACUGCCCCUCCUUCACCAUCCACGCCCAAGCGCACGCGCUCCAACUCGCUGCUGGGCCUCUUCCCCACCUGCCACAUCCCCUUGACGCGCGCGAACUCCGCGCCCAAGAAACUGAUAGGGAAGGCGACGCGGACUCGCACGUCCAGCGAAUCCUCGCAGCUGCGCCCUCCCGCCAGCCGAGCGACGGCCAUGGCGCACCGCCAGAAACUCGCCGAUCGCCACCACUUCGUCGAGGUCGGCUCUGGCUCGUCGGCCAUCGAAGGGUGCUUGGUACCAGGCGUCUGCGCCAUAGGUCCUCUCGACGCCGUUCUCCACGACAUGGCCGUCGAGAUCAUCUACGACAGCAAGGACUCCGACCACCCGAAGCCAAUCGCCGCAUCGGUCGGUGGCAUGGCUGCGCUCGCCGCCAGCGGGGACAAGCAGCUUUGUCGUCAUAUCCUGCGCAGCUUCCGCCUUUUUUGCACGUCGGAGACGCUGCUUUCGGCCAUUGCCAUGCGGUGGAACUCGCCGGACGUGGCGCCUGCCAAACGCAUUGCAGAGCGCACGCGCCUCGUGGACUUCAUCGUCCUCUGGUUGCAGUCGUUCUGGAGAUGGGAAAAUGAUCUUGCCGCGCUCGGCGACAUCAUUCAGCUCUACAACGACCACAUUUCCACGGCCGGGGAUGUCAGUACCUCCGCGCGCAAGGAGAUCUGCGAAGCCAUCGAGCGCGUACGACGAUUCGACAAGCCUCAGGCGCCUUUGGUGGACCCUCAGGGUGUCAGAACGAUACCUGCCUCCGGAUAUGUCGCACCACGUAAGGGUAAGUUGACCAUGGACGUCCUUUGCGCCGCUCGCCUGUCCGCUCGCGAGGUCGCACACUGUUUGGCCCGGAGAGCCAACGAACUUUACUGCGAAAUCGACGGUGUCAACUGGUUCGUCUACGUCUUCCGCAAGAACAAGGACAUCGGUCAGGCUCUCUUGGACUUCUUGUCUUACGCGAACCGCCUGCAUAUCUGGGUCGUCGAGACUAUCGCUUCCGAGAAGACCCCCAUGGACCGAGCGACGCGCAUCGGCUGGUGGAUCGACGUAGCCGACGGAUGUUUAUCCGUUGGCGAUUUCUGCAGCAUGGUCUCCAUCCUGAACGCCCUGCAGAUCUCGCAUAUUCGCAACAUGCGCGCUUCCACCUUGCUCGUCAAAUGGGAGUCGAAGAUGAAAUUCCAGGUGAUGAAAGGAUUCGAAGAGGCGCCCAUGGGCCUGGGAGACGUGGUCCUGAUCGAUGGCACCCGCGUUCCCAACAAGUUUGUGGCUGCCUCCGACGCCGCGGGCGCCCCCGCCGUUCCUGAUGCAGGUUUUCUCCUCACGCUGGUCGAACGCCUCAGGGUGCUUCCCGAAAACCAGCUGACACGCGCCAGCGAACAGACGCGCGACGUCAACUUGCUUAACUUGCAGUUCGCGGAGAAUUUGUACAAGUUUGUUGAGCGCGUGGAGAAACACCGUGUGCCCUUCCAAUUCGAGGCCGCGCAGGACGGCAACGUUCGGUCCUUCGUAGAGCUCGAGCUCCUGGAGCGCGCCUCAAAUGCUGCGCAGGACAAGAUGCUCUCCCACCUCGACGAUCUCUUCGACAAGGACAAGCACAAGCACCUGAUUGAUGAGCCCAAGGUCUAUCACUUGGAGCGACGUAAUGGCCCUCUCAUCGCGCUCAUGCCAGGCGAAGGUUUCGAUUACUGCCUCAAAGACAAGAUGACUAUCGUGUCACUCAACGACGGCGACGGACUGAAACUCGACGCGACCUUGAUCGACGUCUAGUCCGAAGCACGUUCUUCAAAUCAUGCGCCACCCUGUUCACCCACUCCCACACCUUUGUACUUAUUGCUCUCGCAACCUUCACAUGUAUACCCUACGAUGCAUCACUCACUCCUUCCGGAUCAUGCUGUGUAUCAGUAGCUCUUCCCGCGACCGCCACUCCUUCUCUGAUUACUGACAGAUGCCCUACGACACAUACUCACACUCUUUCCCUUUACAUUGUACUUGUACCAUACGAGCUCCGUCGAUUACCCGCUUGCACCUGCGCGAUUCCCCUCCAUGUAUUAUACUUAUGCUCUCCCCUUGUAUUUAUACAUUGUGCUCGGCCUUGUGCUUGAUGUCCU